CACAAGUAAACGAUGGUCCUUAAAAUUACACCGUUGUGUAAUUACCAAAUCAAGUUCAAUUAAAUCAACAAUAUAUGAAUGAACGCUGGACAUCACCAGCUAUCAGUAUCAAUUUCAACUUCAAACUAUGAGCGUUCCAAAUCGUCCUAGACUACAGGCUCCCAUGGGCACAGGCAUGGAUAAACCGCUGUUACUUAAACGUGAGAGUUCGGUGAAUUUGAAACAUGUUUUCAGUGAAAAUACCGAAGAAUUUUGCACGCAUUCAACGUUGCACGGUCUAAAAUAUGUGGUCGACGAACAAUUGUAUCCUGGCGAAAGGAUAUUUUUCGCGUUAUCAUUUGUUGCUGUCGUCCUGUUGUCUGUAUUCUUUAUACGAGACGUCUAUGCGAAAUGGCGUUCGACACCGGUUAUUGUCGGUAUUAGUCCGGAGCCAAGUUUUAUCGUUAAUGAGCCAUUUCCGGCAAUUACCUUUUGUAAUUUAAAUCAAGCAUCAAAGAAAAAAGCUCAAGUGUAUAAUGAAGCUUCCAGCGAAUUUGCAAUGCUGCAGCUUUUGUGCAAAAAUGAAGUUAAUCAAACUGUUGCAUCCGCCAUCAAUUGGAAUUUAUUUGAGGAUUUUAUUUUGAAUAUAUCUCAACCAUGUGAAGAAAUGAUAAUUGGUUGCAAUUUUGGUGGAGCUGAUUACAACUGCAAGGAUAUUUUUCGAACCAUUGUAACAGAUGAAGGAUUAUGCUGUGUUUUCAAUAAGUUGGAUCCAAAUUUUAUGUACAAGCCAAACGUUCCCAGAAAACGUGAGUUACCCUAUACGGAUGAUGCUGUCGCCGUCAAUUGGAAUCCGGAAAAAGGUUAUCCAGAGAAUUUACCCGAUAAUUUUUAUCCACGCACAGCAGUGGGAACAGGUCAAACUCUUGGGCUUAGCAUUACCUUUGAUGUUGAUAUCAAUGACUACUAUUGUUCAUCGACAUCGAGUGUGGGUAUUAAAAUGGCUUUGCACAGCCCGGCAGAAGUGCCGCAUGUCAAAGAGAUUGGUACCCUCUUACCAGCUGGAUAUGAAACAAAGAUACGCAUACGUCCCGACAAAACAGAGGCUGCAUUAAAUCUCAAAUCUAUUCAUAGGAAAUAUCGUCAGUGUCUGUUCGAUGGAGAACAACAUUUGACUUAUUAUUCGUAUUACAAUCGGCGUAAUUGUGAAACGGAAUGUCAGGCUCGCCGCUUGUUGGAACGCUGUAAUUGCCUGGCCUAUUAUAUGCCAAUAAUUGAGAAUAAUACAAGGAUAUGUGGUAUUGUAGAUACGCCAUGUGUUAAUGCGGUGGCCCAGAGUUACAUCAAUCGGUCACGGGUAGUGCUGGAAGAUUGCCAACACAUCUGUUGGCCCAGUUGUUUUGAUUUGAAUUUUUACAGCGAUUUCUUUUCGGCCCCCAUAUCCCAUGAGGGUUUCGAAAUUGCCAAUAAGCUGAUAAAGAAAAUGUCCAGUGAUUAUGCUGAGAAGAGUAUGGCUGUGACACAUUUCUAUUUUACGGAUAACACUUUUCGCAGUACCAAACAGACGGAGUUCGUGGGAAUUACGGAUUUUUUGUCCAGUGUUGGUGGUCUGAUGGGUCUCUUUAUGGGCUUCAGUUUCAUCUCGAUUGCCGAAUUCAUUUAUUAUGCCAUAUUGCGGCCCUAUCACAAAAUCAAAAAACAUGAUCGCCUCAAUCAGUCCAAAUCAAAACCCCGAAAUCCACCACCAGUACGUGACUAUCAGGUGCGAUUUGUAAGUCCAACUGAGAGGACCAUCACUCGCAUACCUGACCAUUUGUCCAAGUCGAAAAAACUACAACUAUUUCCACCCCUAAGUCACCAAAAGCCAACAAUGGAACGUCGGCCAAGUUUGCAAUUGGACAAUGAUAUUUUCAAUAAACGACUGUCAUGGAACAGCAAUGGAAGUUACAAUAAAUCCAAAUAAACAAAUCAUAUUAUGAAAAUAAACAUAAAGGAAUGUUUAUGUAAAUUAAUAAAAUCCAAUCAAAACUUAA